AUGAACAAACAGCUGAACUUUUUCGUGAGCGAAACAGAUCAGUAUCCUAUACAUGGUUUUCAAGCGUCACAAGAACUCGACAUAAUCAAGGUAGUGAUGGGUACUAAUAAAGAGGGAGAUUUUGAGGAGAAAUAUUCAGAGGUAUUCAAAGGCUUGGGGUGCCUGAGGGAGCCAUAUCACAUUGAAUUGGAUCUGGAGGUGUCAUCUGUAGUAAAUCCAGCGAGAAAAGUUCCUGUAGCAAUAAAAGGUCGUUUGAAGCUUGAGUUAGAAGAAAUGGAGAAGCAAGGAGUUAUUCGUAAAGUGGACAGACCGACUGACUGGGUCAAUUCAAUAGCAAUAGUGGAGAAACCAGGAACGGGGAGAUUACGAAUAUGCCUGGACCCGAAGCAUCUAAAUGAAUCGAUCAGACGGGAACAUUUCCAAUUACCAACGGUAGAAGAAAUAGCGUCUCGGGUAUCUGGUGCAAAAGUGUUCUCCAAAUUAGAUGCAAGACAUGGGUAUUGGCAGAUACCAUUGGAUGAGCCAAGCCAACUCCUAACGACGUUCAGUACACCGUUUGGCAGAUAUUGCUUCAUGAGAAUGCCUUUUGGCAUUAAAUCCGCACAAGAGGUUUUCCAGAAGAGAAUUUUGCAACAUUUUGAUGAUUUCGAAGGCGUAGCCACUGAUAUUGAUGAUAUACUCAUUUGGGGAUCGGAUGAACAGGAGCAUGACGCACGAUUAGAAGCUCCCUACAACGUUGUGAAGAAAUAA